AUGAGUCAAAAUCUCCCUACUAUCAUCGAAAUUAAACUAGCAGUAUUCACCACCGCAGAUAGCGUCAAAUCCGGGGACCUAAUUCCAGGAAUCCCUUUACGCAGACAACCCAUAAUAAACGUCUUCCAACGUACUCUCCAAAUCCCCUUUUAUUACGCACUCAAAAAUUAUCAUCGAAGGAACAUUUCGAAUUGGGUGCGCACUCGUUCGAAUCAGCUGAAGUCGGAAAAUGCAAAGCUUAGGGAUAACUUUUGGAAAACUAAGAAUGUGUACUGGAUGGAAGAUGGCAGCGAAGAUACGAUACCUGUGAUUAUGAACGAUGAUAAGCAGUUCAGGCAGGCUCUGGAGUGUUUGGGUAGACGGGGUAAUGGGGUGUUUUUGGCUACUCUUGUUCCUGAUCUUUCGGGGCGGGAUAGCGGUGAUGUGUCAAUGAGUGUAGAGCAGGGGUCUGAUGUAGCAGAGAUUGAUGAUUUGAUCUAG